CCUCCUCCUCCAGAACAACAGAACACCACCAGGCUCAUCAGACCAGAAAAGACAGGUGAAUCUGUUGCUCAAACUGAGAUUUCACAGUUUUAUUUGGACAAAAAAAAUCCUAGCGGAUCUGAAAAUGUCUAUGGCUAAAGAUUUGAUGCACCCCAGUUCAGCUGAGGAGCUGAGGAGACACAAGAAGAAGAGGCUGGUGCAGAGCCCCAACUCUUACUUCAUGGAUGUCAAAUGCACAGGCUGCUACAGAAUCAACACCAUCUUCAGCCACGCUCAGACAGUAGUAGCUUGUCCCGGCUGCUACACGGUCCUCUGCAGGCCAGGAGGGGGCAAAUGCAGACUAACAGCAGGCUGUGCUUUCAGGAGGAAACACUCAUGAGCUGCAAUGAAGCCUAAUUAUCAACAGGGGGCAGUAGAAUGAAAUGAUCAGUUAUUCUGCUUUGCAAUUAUUUAACUACCAAGACCAUCAUUUUAUAAUGAAAAAUGAAUCUGCAUGUGGAUUGUUCACGAAAUUAUAGCAUUAGAAGACAUUUAAAAGUAUCAAAUGGUUGCAAGUGGAGUUGUGUGAAGGUUAUAAGCAUUUAAUAAUUGUCCAAGACAGCUUUUUGAACGACCUCACUUUAUAGAAAUUAAAGUGUAAUUCCAACCAGAUUAACAAGCUAACUACCCAGAGUUGGGUCAAGAUCAAAGCAGAUUUCUUAAGUCUUAGAUGUCUUCAACUAAAAUGCCAAAUUAUUCAUUAAAAUUAUGAUAUAUAGACAUCAAGUGUGUCAUUUUAUAGUUAUACAUGAAAUUAUUUAUUUGCAGAUAGCAACAGCAGCUAGCUGUAGCAUUUAUGGUGGACACUGAAGCACUUUCUGCAGAAUGAAAACUGGUAACAGAAUUCUAAACUAAUAAAAUAGUUUCAAGACUGCAUUAAUUCACUUUGGUCUUUGCCCGCUCAGGCCUAAACGUUCUCCAUGAAAUGUAUGAAAAUCACACUGACAUUUAAACACUACCUUUUUUUCCCACUCUUGUCAAUGAAACUAUUAAAACAAUGCAAAAAGUCAAAUGAACCAGGAUUUUUGUAAAACAUUUAUUGUGUUGACAUGGGAGGGGAAGGGGGGGCUGAAUGAACUAUUUUAACAGAGGGUCACAAUCAAAUAAGAGGUGGCUUCCGAGGUCUUGACAUGAUGCUGAGAACCACAAUGAAACAAACAAUAAAACAUUAAAAAGGAAAAAUAAAUUGGUAUGUCAUGUGAUCUUUGGUUUUGAGAAUUUCCCUGGAGAAAAGAAACGCAAAUGGGGUAGAAAGAAAAAAAGAAAUACAACUUUAUCACAUACCUAACUUUCUUCUACUAUGUACAGUAAGUAUCCAUGAUUGUGACUGAGCUCGCUCAGGUCUUAGAACAAAUUUAGGUAAAUAUUGGCUUUAUCAUGGCACAUAUUGACUAUUUUUGACAAUGAUAGUGGUCUGGGCAAACUGAAGGAAAAGUUAGCACAAACUGGGCUCGGUAGGUCCUCGCAAUUAAGUUUGGUGCACUAAAUAUUCAAGAUGAUAGCCUCACUUUGGUCAAAGUGGUGCUGAAGAGGCAUUCAAUGUUAUUUAAGUGCAAAAAAAGGUAUAAAGUUCAUGAGCAGCAUGCGCCCUUAUAGUGUAUUUUUAACUGACGCCUUUCCUUCAGGCCACCAUGUGAAAACCCAUUUGAAUUUAGACUGAAACAGGAAAAAAAAACAGCCUUAAAGAACAUAAAAGGGGGA